AUGGGGAAGAUAAUUUUUUAUGAAGAUCCGAACUUCCAAGGCCGCUGUUAUGAGUGCAACAGCGACUGCUCUGAUCUGCACUCUUACUUCACUCGCUGCCACUCAAUCCGAGUGGAAAGCGGCUGCUGGAUUCUGUACGAACACCCUGAUUGCACUGGAUACCAGUAUGUCCUAAUGCGGGGAGAAUACCCAGAACCUCAGAAAUGGAUGAGUUUCAGUGACAGCAUCAAAUCCUGCCGAAUGAUCCGAAAUGUUUAUGGAAAUUCAUACAAGAUUAGAGUCUAUGAAAGGACUGAAUUUAGAGGCCAAAUGAAGGAAUACGACAAUGACUGUGAUUCCAUCUUUAACAGUCUUCAGUUCCACCAGAUUAACUCCUGCAUUGUGCUGGAUGGGAUUUGGGUGUUUUAUGAUCAGCCCAGCUAUAUGGGGCACCAAUACUUCUUGGAUCGAGGUGAAUAUCGCUGUUAUACAGAUUGGGGGUCUACUUCUGCAAAAGUUGGCUCAUUUCGCAGGAUAACGGAGUGCUAA